AUGUACAUCCAUAUUUGGCCGUCUGGACUCAUAAUUCUACUAUUUGGUGGGGCUAUCCUGGUCAGUUCCGAGGGAGAAAGCUCGCCGCAACGCUUUUGGGUCAAGGAAAAUACCGCUGCGGGCACCAUCAUCGGUGAAAUUGCUCAACGCUCAGGUUCUAGUCUCAGACCACACUCCUUUACCAAUCUUGCAGACAAACGGAUCAGCGCCUUCUUUUCCGUCGUCCCCAGUAAUGGUUCCCUCGUCACCCUCAGACAGAUCGACCGCGAGGAGAUCUGCUCACAGCAGUCUCAGACACAACAGUCGUCGUCUGCAGACGACUCCAACGCCUUCUUCUCCCCUUACCAGGAGAAUGUCCCCUUCUGUGAGGUUGGCUUCAUUGUACACGUCUCGGUUGAGGCAGGCGAGGCGGGAGCUGAUGCUGCUGCUGCUGCUGAAAGUUAUCUGGAAACAGUAUCCCUCUGCAUUGCUGACGAGAAUGAUAAUCCACCAGUCUUUACGCCCAACGUGAUUACCCUGAAGAUAUCCGAAUCCUCGCCUGUUCAAAGUCAGUUUCCCCUGCCCUCCGCCACGGACGCCGAUCUGGGCACGAAUGGGGUUAGCCACUAUCGCCUGAGUCGGUUGCAUUACGAGGUGGGUCAGAUACCCCCCAAAACCUGUCCGAUCUCCUCCGGUGGGUCACAGGGUUCUACAUCCGCCCACCUGCUAGAUAGUGAGCCUCCCGUAUUCGCCCUCAUGUCUGAUGAGCACGACGAAGCAGAUGGACGGAGGAGUGACAAGGUGCCAAAGCUCUUGCAGGUGGGCGGACUGGACUACGAGCAGCUGAAAACGUUGUACUACUGCCUAACAGCUUUUGAUGGGGGCGGUCUAGAAGGCUCCCUGUUGGUCAUUGUUGAGGUCCAGGACGCUAAUGACAAUGCACCUGCCUGGGUCGGGCUACCGUAUCGGGUUAGCGUCCCGGAAUGUGGUGAGCAACGCCACCAAACACCACCGGCCCUCUGGAAGGCCAGUCUGGAUGCACGGAAUUACGCUAGGAGCCAGGGUUUUGACUACGACGCUCCGCUACGCUUCGUCACCCAGUUGAUGGCCCUGGACGCAGACAGCGAUGUCUACGGUCAGGUGCGCUACAAGACCUCUGAACAGAUUGUUCGAAAGCCGCAGAGCAAAGAAAACGGUGUCAGUACGGGUGCCUCAACGGCCUACAAGAGCAUUAUUCACGGCGACAAAUUGUUCCUAAUUGGGCAUCUGGACUACGAGACUACGCCACGCAUCAGCAUCCCCGUGGAGGCUGUUGAUGGCGGGGGGCUUUCCAACUUUACUGAAAUUGAGGUUUUGGUGGAGGACUGCAACGAUAAUAUCCCACAGAUUAGUAUUCAGUCGCUCAGUCCUGCACCUUCCGAUAUCAGCAACGAGAAUGGGGGUCAGGCCUUGUUGAUAAACUCCUUACAGACGCAACGGCAGCCGAGCAUUUGGUUCUAUGAGGAAGAGAUGGCGGAAAUUAAAUUAGCCACGGUCACGGUGACGGAUGCAGACUCCGAGCAAAACGCCAACAUCAAUUGUGAUGUGGAGUGGAACAGUGUGGUUAGCGUUAACCCCUUCCAGUUGGUCCCGCUCAAGGGCGCUCGACUUCCCCCCGGCAGUGGAUACAAGGUGCCCAAAGUGUACAUUCUUGUGAAGCGCAAGGGCGUUAAACUGGAUCGCGAGACGACUCCGCGUGUACAGGUGACGAUUGUCUGCACGGAUGGUGGCUACCCAGAAAUCAACGUUGCUCGCAGUUUAGUGGAGAUUGGCAUUCUUGACAUAAAUGACCAUGCACCCGAGUUUCAGAAGCCUCCCUCCGCCAUAAUGGUAGGCAGCACACAUGUACGAAACGCAUAUUUCGCUGUGCCUGAAAAUGAACCACAGGGGACCCUUGCCGGUGUACUUCGAGCCACAGAUGCAGACGUCGGUAUGAAUGCCGCAGUCAGCUAUUCUCUGACAGCCUGUCCCGACGAAAACACCACUCUGCCAUUCACCAUCGAGGCCAGCACUGGAAAAGUCUACACAACUCAACCCCUGGACCGUGAACUCAGGUCUGCCUACUGCGCAAUACUCACUGCAGUGGACGCCGGUCUUCCACGGCUGAGCAGUUCGGAGAAAGUUGUCCUACUUGUCCUAGAUGUGAACGAUUCGCCGCCGAUCUUUGUCAAUAAUUACAACAUCUCCGGAUGCAUUGUUUUUGAGGCGUCCGAGACCUUUGAGCACGAACAGGUAACGAAGAACUUCCUUGGGCAGAUAAAUGCGACUGAUGCGGACGAGGGAUCCAAUAGUUCACUUGUCUUUAGUUUGAAGUCGUCCCAGGCAUCGAUGGGCGCCGGGGGACGCGCCACCUUCCGUAUUACACGAAAGGGCCAGCUCCUUGUGAACGGAGUUUUAGAUCGAGAGACCACGGCAGAGUACGAACUGGUAGUGGUGGCCUCAGACAGCGCUCCUCCACGCCAUCGUCUUUCCACGGAGAUUCCAGUUAAGGUGCGGGUCCUGGAUAUCAACGAUAACGCCCCAGUCUUCACGGAGCCUCCCACUGCAGGCGAUCACCUCUCCACUGUCGCUGUGGCGAAUGUGACUUUACAAACUGCGGUCAACAGCACCAUAUAUCGAGCGUGUGCUCACGACCCCGACACCGGAAAUAACUCCCUUCUCAACUUUUCCCUUCGUUGUGCCAAAUACCUGAAACCCUUCUUUAACGUCACAAUGCCAGUAAAGCAGGCAGAAGGCGAAGCAACCUGUGUGCAUAUCGUGCUUACGAAACAGCUUGUGCAUCUCAUCGCCUCGGCUUCUUCGACCAGUUCGAGUGAGAUUGAUGCCAGCCAAGUAGAUGCCCUUAGCCGCCAGAUAAAGUUUCCCAUAGAGCACCAACUCUAUAUAAUUGUCAGUGACUCCGGUCAACGGCAAUUCACAAAGACGGCACGAUUGAGGGUUGUGAUUCAUGGAAGCGGGAGCAGUGAAGCCAGCGCUGCCUUCAGCAGGGAUGACGGCAGUAGCAAACAGUCUGUUGUGGAGGUCCCACAACGAUCGCACCGUUUGGAGUCAGAGAAAAUCAAGGUCGGUCCGGCAGGGUCGUUGUUGUCACAACGCCAUCAGCAACACCUUAUCACAUAUCGUCCGAGUGAAGAGGGAUUAGUUGGCGACCUCCGUGGCACAGCAAGAACAUCCCCCAAACACCCCGAUGCUCCCUCCCCCUCUUCGUCGAAUGAAGUCUCAGGGACGGAUUCAGGCAGUCAUACGAAGGCAAAACACCUCUUCGUCAUUGCAGUGGUCAUCUUCAUAAUGUUCAUCGGUGUCCUCAGCCUUCUGGCUUUCAUACUGCUUCGGGACUUUUCGCAUAAACGGACUGCACGUGGAGCGCCUGGCAGCGUAGCCGAAAACACCAGCUGUCAGAAGGGCAGUGAAGGGGGAUGUACAACCUACCCAGACUUUCGACCGAGUCCGCUAACAUAUCUUCCUGAAUUGGUCGACGGUAAGUUGACUGAACUUCUUCCUCAUUUUAUUUGACAAGUGCCUUUUCAGGAAAAAAAGAGGCUAUUUGGUUGUAUGUUAAGCAACUACCUGUCUCUUUAGUGCUGCGAUGACUUUUGGCAUUCUGAAUUGCCGCUAUAGAUCACUAGAAUAAUUGACUUUGAAAUGAGGAUACCGCUAAAAUACCACAGGGCUCACGUUGCGGUUAUUAACAGUUGACAAAAGCUUAAUUGGCGUAAUGGCGUAAUAGUUACUGUAAAAUAGUUUUUAGUCGGAGGAGCUUCAGAGGUCCAAUCACGUGCAAUCUCUGAUUCGCCUCAAAUGGUCACGUUUCUCCCUAUGUUGCCGGCUACCACUGCAAAUUUGUGUCAAAAGGGCUUUAAAAUAAAAAGGUCCUUGUGGUCCAUAAUGCGGCCGAUAACAUGCUAGGACAUAUCAGUUCCAUUGUCAAAGAAAUUUCGACAGCCAUAUGGGCCUCCUCUCGUUUUUCUAAGGCACCACUCAGUUGUAAAUUUUCAUGGUUUAAUUGGCUUAAUCGAAAACUCCGAGUUCAUCUUUAUUAACAGUUUCCAGACCUGGAGGGUAGUGGCUGUUUUAGGUAGCUGCGGGGCGCUCAUGAAAACAAAUAUAUAUGUUCAAAAUGCAGUUGAUUAUUUUAAUUCAGCCCUCACUUUGCUGCGUUUUGGCCUGAGGUUCGUAUAUUAUGCAAAGUGUACAGGAUUGUAUAGCGUUCCUUUCUCACUGUCGGUCUGUUGCUAACGGUGAGGGCCACAUUUGCAUAUGCAAUAACAAAAACAACAACGACAUGGAGUCAGACUUCUUAAUCCGGUUGAAGGAUGACAUGAGUUCGUCUCGUCUUGCCUCAGGGUUCCAAGUCAAGGCACCUUAGAUAAGGAAUAUUAACAAGUUCAGAGGGCUUACAAUGUCCCCUUGAAACUUGUUUGUUACCAUCAGCCGGCCACUCACAUCAAUAAUGGAUAGGACACACCUGAGAUUUGAAUCCGAAUAAGUCUCUCGGUUGUCCGACACAAAUGCUCGAUGAUUAGCUGAGCUGGAGGUCGGCGAUCAGGACUUCCUGUUUCAAGUUUGCUAUGUGACCACCUAGUUGGUGACGGCGGGCAAUUCAGAGGCGGCUGUCCGCGCCUCCUCUGCUUGUCAGUGCUACUUAAACACCAUAGUGAGAGAUCAGGUUUGAGUGAUUGUUGAAACGCGGCCAAGAGUGUUUCGUGCGAAACGGGCUGGACCGGUUAAACAGCAUCGUUUAAGUAAUCGUUAAGGUAGUUGAAUUUCGCGCCAGAAAUGUUUUUGGACGCAUUACAGUAUGUUUCGAAUUCAGUCCUAACUUAAGUGAGGACCCCUUCCCAGGGAAGUGUCAGUUUGUCUAAAAGAACCGCGAAAAAAUAAGAAACGGGUGCCACUUUCCCGAUGAACAGUCGCGAAGCACGAAGUUCUGCCUAAAGUCAAUUUGCGGCCUUGAUGAUGUGCGAUGAUUUAUGGCAAUUUUGCGAUUAGACAGCACGAGAUCGCAAUUGCAGUAUCUAAAACGAUAGUUAUAUGUCUUCCAUUCAAAAAAUGCUGAAUCAGUCGUCUCUUAAUCACUUAUAAGAAUGAUCCCGUUGGCGACGUAACUUGUGCUUUUCACCAAAUUCCACGGUUUUAAUCUCGACAUUUUCUAGGGGAUAAAACAAACAGCUGUUUAAGUCAUAUGAUAGAAUAUUUACCUAAUUGAACCUCUCGAUUGGCCAAAGUACUCAGAAAUCCAAGAAAACCAGAGGCAUGGGGAAAUGGGCGUCUUUUUAAAAUAAAUCAUAAUCGUAAGCAGAGGGGGGGUAACCUUUUCCUUCUAACUUUUGAGAGUCAUCAGUUUAGGAAAAAUUUCUUUGAUAUCUCUGCCUGCCUGGCAAUGGGUGAAAUCAUUAUACGGGCAAGCGACCAGUGGGAAUUGUCGGCCGGAACUGGAAGCUCUCUACUACAUCCACCUUCACGGCUGCCUUCCAACGGUAGAUGCGGUUAGUUUAUUUAUCCGUGGUGCACACUAUAACAGGCUCUAACAGUCCAUAACCGUGAGGACUUUACUUGGGAGUACUACCACGAUUAUCCGUAACACUUUUGCCACAAUUCUGGACGCCGGAAAUCAACCUCAGUCUCCUAGGGGGAAGCCCUGGUGAGAAUAUCUCGGAGGCAGAGCGAGUCCGAUUGUUCGUAUGUGAGAUCAGUUAUGUAUCGAAUUAUCGUGCGUCCGCACGACCCUAGGAGCAGACCUUAAACGCUUGCAGAAAUGAAUUCGCUCAUGUGUAACCCCGGUGGGCGUUGGACUGAUGAUUUGGUGGAGUGGGGCGGGGCGGGGGGCGGGGAGGCACGGUGAGAGAGCGCCAUUAGCGCACGGCCAGUGGCCUUUGAUGUUUCAGACUGGCUCUCCCCAAAAGGUUGCCAGCAAGUUAACGCAUUCACACCGUUUGCAAAUCCUGGCCGUUUGUUGCUUGGCCUACCUCACUCGCGAUUCAGCACGUUUUGUAGCAAAAUCGACAAAAAACGCCAUUUUCGGCAGGCCCUGCCCAGACGGAGUAAUGCAUGCUUAUCCAAGCUCUGAUACACGCAGGUCAACACACGCUUUCAUUCUGCCAAGGGACGCUGACAAGGACAGCUUGUAAGGGUAUCAACUGAAGGCGCAACUACAGUGAGUGACCGAUCUCAUGAUAUGUUGGCUGAAAUCCUGAAAUUCGUUUUCGAUUAGGAAGGAUUAUUUGGUCGCGGUUGUAAUACUGAUUAUCUUGCGGCCAAACCUUAUCACAUUUCGGACUUCGCACGAUGUCAGCUUUUAAAUGCACUGUUUUUUAAACUCCUGUAGAAACCGUACUUGGUAAAAAUUGACUACUUAAGUAGCAUGCAUUUUUCCCAUUGAUUUUCGAUGGUCAUGCAAAUUCAAAUAUAUCUUAUAGAAACCAUAAACACAGAUAUGCUUUCUUUCAGUCACUUAAUAGAGAAUCACACCCAUUUUAUAUUUUAUCCUCAAGUAAUACGCGUAUAAUAAGGUUUUAAAAAUGUUUUUAAUUAUGAGAUUUUUUAAGACCGCGUAACACCCAUUCACAUACCAUUGUACCUGGCCGUUUACCACAGCUCCUCAUGAAAUGUAUAUCAUAGUCCGCAUCCAUUGCAAAAUUAUAUGGACUCUGUAUGAUAUCUUUUUAACUGCAUAGAAGAAUAUGUGAUUUUCUUUACGCGGAAUGCAUUCACCUUGUAGACUGAAAUCACUACACAUUAAUGCAACGAAUGAUUAGGCUCCAAAUUGUUCGUCAAUUAGAAACUUCUUUAAAGCCUAAUUAUACUCAUUCCUUAAAUAUAAAAUAUCAAGAAGACGUGAUUCUCUAUUAGCUGACUAAAAGAAAGCGUAUUUUUAUUUAUGGUUUCUAUAAGAUAUAUUUGAAUUUGCAUGACCAUUGAAAAUCAGUGGGGAAAUACAUGCUACUCAAGUAGUCAUUUUUUUACCAAUUAUGGUUUCCACGGGCGGUUGAAAAAACGUGCAUUUGAAAGCCGACAUCCUGUCGAGUCUGAAAUGUUAUACAAUUAUGCCGCGAGAUAAUCAGUAUUACUACCGCGCCCACGUAAUCCUUCUUAUUCGAAAACUCAUUUCAGCAUUUCAGCCAACCUUUCAUGUGAUCAGUCACUCAGUGUACUUCGAGGAAAGAUCAACAAUGGCUCUUUCCUACAGCUCAUAUAUGCCAUUUCGUUCUAUGUGUGACACAUCGCCCAUCAGUGAGGUGCGAUGCGCAUGACGUUUGUCACGCACAGGCGGACCAUUUAGCCUGUUCAACUACUGAACUCACGCCGGCCCCAGGUUCUUUUGACUCUGUUUCGCCACUGAAACGAAGUGAUCGUAGGGAGGGGCGAGGUGAGAUUAUACUGCGAAAGUCGGUCGGAUCUCGUCUCGCCGUCGUACCUGCAGUAGACAAGUCUCAGCCUGACCCUUAAACCUAACCCUAUCCGCAACCCCUUACCCUUAACCCCUAACCCUAACCCUUAAAAGCUACGGUUGCGAAAUGAGAUCUUGCCCGCAAUUCCUUAUCACUAUAUGCGAGUUAGAGUCGAAAGUUUUGUUGAGACCUUCACAAGACAGCACUUGUACUCGUCGGCUGCGACGGACAAGUUUAAUAUGACUUAUAGUUGGCUGCAGGUCCUGUGUAGAGGGCAGGAUCAUCGCCGUUAUACAAGUACUUGCAGCAGAUGCGCCAUCUCAUGAAAUGUCAGCCAGAAUUCUAAAAUGUGUUUUUGAUUCAAAAAAUUCACUUGGGAAAGGUUGUAAAACUAACUAUCGUGCAGCCUAAUCCCAAGGUAUUUCAGUCGCACCAGGAUGCCGGCUAUUGAAUGAGCUUCAUUUCGGGCGCCUAGAAAAAGUGACUACUUAUAUGGUAGGCUUUCCUCCCCCGGGUCUUCACUAGCCCUAUAUACUUACAGUGCGUGACCUAUCUCAUGAAAUGUGGGCUGAAAUUCUGAAAUGCGUUUUCGAUUAGGAAGGAUUACUUGGUCGCGGUUGUAAUAUUGAUCAUCUUAAGGCAUACUCGGCAGGAUGUCUGCUUUUAAAUGCACUUCUUUUCAAUCUCCUGUAGAAAGCGUGCUCGGUAAAAAAUGACUACUUAUGUAGCAUGCAUUUUUCCCAUUGAUUUUCGAUGGUCAUGCAAAUUCAAAUAUAUCUUAUAGAAACCACAAACAAAAAUAUGCUUCCUUUUAGUCAAUCAAUAGAGAAUCACGUCUUCUUUAUAUUUUGUACUUAAGGAAGGAAGAUAAUUAGGUUUUAAAAAAGUUUCUAAUUAUGAGACUUUUUAAGACCGCGAUAUGUCCAUUCACAUAGCACCGUACCUGGCCGUUUACCACUGUUCCUCAUGAAAUGUACAAUAUGAUCCGCAUCCAUUGCGAAAUGUUAUGGGCUCUGUAUGCUAUCUCUUUAAUGACAUAGAAAAAUAUGGGAUUUUCUUUACGCGGAACGCAUGCACCUUGUAGAGUGUAAUCACUAAGCGCUAAUGCAACAAAUGAUCAGGCUCCAAAUUGUUCGGCAAUUAGAAAACUUUUUUAAAAUCUAAUUAUGCUCCUUCUUUAAGUAUAAAAUAUAAAGAAGACGUGAUUACCUAUUGAUUGACUAAAAGAAAGCAUAUUUUUGUUCGUAGUUUCUAUAAAAUAUGUUUGAAUUUCCAAGACCAUCGAAAAUCAAUGGGAAAAAUGCAUGCUACUUAAGUAGUCAUUUUUUACCAAACACGCUUUCUACAGGAGAUUGGAAAGAAGUGCAUUUAGAAGCCGACAUCCUGCCGAGUCCAAAAUGUUAUAAGGGUAUGCCUUAAGAUAAUCAAUAUCACAACCGCGACCAAGUAAGCCUUCCUAAUCGAAAACGCAUUUCAGAAUUUCAACCAACAUUUAAUGAGAUAUGUGACGCACUGUAGAUAUCUUUUGCAGAAAAGCUGCAGAAUAAUAUCCUUUUUGUAUUUAUUUGAUAGCAAACGAUGUCUUUUUCAACUUUUAUACUCAGAGGAAUGAUGUUUUUCAGUUUUUAAAAGGUUUCUAAUUAUGGUAACCAUUUUAAAAACGUGAAAUUUCCAUUCGUGCAGCAACGCAUCAGCACGGCUAUUUAUGCUACGUAUGAAGUAUACACCCUGGUCCCGAUCUAGCACACAGGUUAACGACUGCUGUAUGUCUUAUUCCUAACAACAUAGAGGACUGUGUGACAGAAUACAUACUGCAUGUAGUUCCAAAAUCCAAAAUGCAGGCUUAAAGCUUGGUGGAGUUUAAGUCAUCUGGGAAUUGAAGAAGCUUUCAAAAACCCAAAGAUAUUCUCUGCACAAUUGGAAACUUUAAAGGAGGGCGUAAUUUUGCUGCCAAGUGAGUACAAGAAAGAAAUAUUUUGUGUACGCCUUCUAUUGAAUAUAUGUGGACUUAUGAGGGCAUUGAAAAUCAAUGACACACUAGGUAAGUAGCUAUUUUUACAGAGUAUAGUCCUCGCAAACGGUCGAAAAGCAGCCCAUUCAAAGGCUGGCUUCCCGGAAUGACUGAAAUAUCUUAUAGAUAUGCUGCAAUAUAAUUACUAUUGCAGUGCUACUUCUGAGUCUGAAACAAUUUUCAGAGUUUCGGUUAAUAUUUCAUGAAAUAGCAUACCCAUGGACGAAAAAUAUGCUAAAGUGACAUGUGUUCUUUUCCCUAUCUCCAUCAGAGGAAUAUAGGAAUAGCGAUGGGCUCUCUGUUCUCUGGUCUCCUUGCUGAGUUCCACAUUCAAGAGUUAGAGAUAUUGGUGUUUGCAAUCUGCAGGCCAAUAUUUUGAACGCGGUAUGUGGAAGAUACCUUCUUCAUCCUGAAGCGAGAAAUGGUCUCCAUAUUUCACGCUAUCCUGAAAUCCGUUUUUGGACAUUCAGUUCACAAUAGAGGCAGAGAUCAACAAGUCAAUAGCGUUCCUAGGUGUCCUGGUCCAUAAUCAGACCAGCAGGAGCUUAAGGACGACAGUAUACUGGAGGACCACCAACACACGCCAGGUCCUGAGCUACCACAGCAACCACCCGCUGUGCUGCAAACGUAACUGCGUGCGAACUCCCUACAAGACGACGGAAACUCAUUGCAGAGAGGCAGACGACAAAGCAGCUGAACUUCACUAUGUUCGGCGGUUGUUGACCUCCAACGGCAACCUCUGCAGCUGCAUAGAACGCAGCAGACAGCCAAAGCAAGCUACUAAAACAAGACAGAAUACCCAAAGGUGUGCCGGGCACUACCAUGUAUCGAGAACGUAUCCUAAACAGUCACUCGUCCCUUACAAUCACUAGGGAUCGGCGUCACCCACAGACCUGAGAUGGCAAUAAGACGUCAGAUCAUGAGACACAGGGCCCCUCUGUCGCAAGGCGAAAUGGCGAAUUCCGUCUAUUAUGUCCAGUGCAGGUUUCUGUGAAGCGGACCACGUUGGAGAGAUUGGAGAACGACUGCAGACCCGCAUGAGUGAGCAAAAAAGUGCUGUGAGAAGGAUGGACCAGCUCUAGCUGGUCGCGAAACACUGCGCAGCCUCUGGACACAUUUCGCCCUUCAGAAGGCAGAAGUAUCGAGCAAACAGUUCGAGAAACGCUCGAAGCCUGACGCGCCGUACUGUUGUACGAUUCUCCCGCCAGCUUACCAGGCCUUACGAGUUCGGCCCAAGCAACGGCAUCGCAGGCAGGAAGUCAGACUCGAAGCGACAGUAAGUAAACUCAUACCGAGCAGGAUCAAGGUUGGCGGGAACGUGUAUUAGACACAAACACAACUGUAGGGGAAACUGCGGAGAACGCAAAUCAGCAAGCCCUCCUCUCAGGCUUGAGCGCAGACGCACGUGAACACAGACGACGGGGGUCGAAGGCCUGAUAGGAACAGAGACAUCGGCAAUGGCUCAGCGGCCGACGGGGGACGAGAACAAGAGAUGCGUUUCCAUUAUCUGAGUCAUUCGCUGGCUUUUUCUGUUGGCCUUGAUUCGUUCAGCCUUUCCCCCUGCCUCGUAUUAUAACCCUGCUCAACGCACGUACGCAGUCUGGUUAUGGUUUUCGACCAUUGGCAGACAUGUGCGGUUUGCAUCCCCUUUACGGGUGUCGUAGUGGCCGCUUUGUCAGCGCGCUUGUCGGCCUCCCCUCGCCAGAUGGCGGAGCGGUCAAUCUUUGUUUCUCGACUGUGGUGCUUCUGCCCUAGCGGGUGCGUCCGUGAGACAGUGCGCCACGCCGGUCACGUGACUGCUGUUCGGCGCCCCCUCUUUUUUGCAACUAGUGUCGGCUGUCGGCCCCUCCUGACUGUUUUUCAUCCAUCCCAUUGGCCCUGUUUGAACUGACUCGAUCCGUCUCCGGAGUACACUGCAUGCGGAAUGCAGAUCUAUGGCUCGGUUGAGUGCGUCAGUCGACGACAAACUUUCCAGCAUCAGUCUGGUCAUCUUAUUACUGGUCCGGCCGCUCACCCUCACUUUCUCAAAGGCGAAACUGUGGCCUUACCAUUGUAUGUGACUAGAGCCCAGCGGCAGCUUAUCCUUGCGUUUAAUCGCAGGCCGGUGUUCGUACAACCUUGUGCCGAGGCGUUUGCUCUUAUCACCAACAUACUUUGAAUCUCAAUCUUAGCAUGGUAUGCUGUAGACCUCCGCUGAUUUUUCCGUCGUUGGUAGCGGGUCUUUGAGUUUCAUGAUUUACUGGCCGAUUAUUGUUGCCGGUUUAUGAGCCACACCAAACCCGAGAGGUUUCAAGUUUUGUGACGUCUGUGCGAAAAAGUGCAAUAGAGGGAAAUUUUGGAAACCUGAUUAGGCGCACCGAUUACGUCUCCGCAAGGGACGUCUAUCUCAGAAUGAAGCCGUAGAGAUAGAACAGUCUUGGACGACAAUCUCUGCUUAUGAGGGUGAGAGUUGAAUAGCAAGACGGACAGUAAAACCCUUGUGAGGAAAAUUCCUCAGAUGUCAGUUUCUUUUCCAUCCGUCGUAUGCCCUUUCUCUGGGUACAGUGCGUGACCGAUCUCAUGAAAUGUUGGCCGAAAUUCUGGAAUGCCUUUUCGAUUGGGAAGGAUUGCUUAGGUGGGGUUUUAAUAUUGAUAAUCUUGCCAGGAUGUCGGCUGUUGAAUACACUCCCUUGCGACCUCCCAAGGUAACCACACUAGGUCAAAAAGGACUACUUAAGUAGCAUGCGGUUUUCACAUUUAUCUUUGAUGAUCUUGUGUAUUCAAAUAUAUUUUAUACACAACAUGCAUAAAAAUACGCUUUGUUCUACUCGUUCGAUAGAAAAUCACAUUUCCUUUAAACUUUAUAUCAAAUAAAGUGUAUAUUUAGGUGUCAGAAAUGUUUCCCAGUUCUCGAAUAAUUUUGAGCCUAAUCAGCCAUUGCAUUAGCGUUUAAAGAUUUUAGUCUACAAGGCGCAUACUUUACGCGUAAGGAAAAUCAUAUAUUCUUCUAUGUCUUUAGGAAGAUACCAUAUGGAGUUCAUAAAAAUUUUCAGUGGAUGCGGACUAUGUCGUACAUUUCAUGAGGAGCAUUGGCAGACGUGCAUCUACUAGCAUUUUUUAGAAAGCUAACCAUGUGAUAUCACUCAGGUGGGGCUUCAGAAUCAAACCUUGCCAAACAUUCUUCGUACCUAAUCAAACCGUCAGAUAAGAUUUCAAGGCUGAGGAAGUCCACUGAAUGUCUCAAUUUGUGGCACCUAAGAACAUGUUCUGUAUUUUUCCUACUUUUUAAGACACUUUCUUCCAGUCGUAAAAUUCAGACGUCAAGACAGCCUGCGGCGUUACUGGAUUAGUUGCCUAAGUAUGAACUCUAAGGUGACGGUUUUACCGCAUAAGACGCUCCGUUCAACUUGAGCUGACUUUUUUUCUCACAUUCGUGCGUCCUCAGAUUUCAUUAACCCUUAAAGUCGGGUCUAUGCGCGUGAUUGUAAAUCAUUUCCCUCCUCACAAGGUUAAAUCUGUUCUUGUCAAGAAAAGGUUGAAUUACAGUUCGCCGUACUUUCAUUUCCGGAUACGAGGAAGCUGAAUGCAUCUUACCAGGGCCACUCGAAGACUGAACACGCAGUGAGAGGAUGCGUGUUAGGAGGCUACUCAGGAGAAUCGGCGUUUGAUUGGUCCACAUCGUACCUAUUAUUAUCGUAAGCUAUGAAGCAGGGGCGGUGCAGAAUUCCGGGUCUCAUUGUGCCAACGGAGUGCUUUCGGUUAUUAAUGAGUCCUGAACAAUGAAACCAGAAUUCCGCCUUCUCGCGCCCCUUCAACUUCGUUGUUAGUGGAACUAAUUAUAGCGUUAAGACGGAAUGACUGCGCUCGCGAAUUCACAUAUAGCCGUGCAUUUAUGGCCAGACGACAACGUUUACUCCCCUGGAGGACGAGUCUGGAGCAUGUAGGCUGUCAGUGGAGAAUGGCGAGAGAAAAAGAGCGAGAGCGAGAGAGAGAGAGAGAGAAUGAGCAAACGUGUUUAUUUAUGACCCUGUUGCGCUAGAGCAGGGGGCCAAUUGGCGUAUAACAUUCGUUAGGCCGAGACAAGUCGCAUCUGAACGAGUCCUCAUCAGUCGUCUGACGUGUGUUUGUGAAUUCUUGUAGACGGGAGCCACGCCAAGCCAGCCACUGCGACCUAUCUUGUCAUUAUUCGGGCAACGUGGCGCUAGAUGUUUUUACCAUAAAUAAUCACAGGUGCUUUGAUAUUAUCACAACAUGUUCACGGUACUGGACUGCGAGAUUGCAAAUCAGUGAGAUAACUCGUUUUUUCUCAAGUCUAAUCUAGCCUGUGGUGCAUCCCCACCCGCACCAAGCACGAGGUCUCCCGCAGAACCUUGGUCCACGUGCUGUUAGGAAUCAGCACGUGUGUGUAAUACGCGUAGAGUUGACUUCCCUCCCGUCAGGCCACACUUAUCACCGCUUGCUCUGACCAUACCUCCUCAUAAAAACUCAGUUAGCGCGCGGAGGUUGAAGCAGUAGGGGUACUGCAUAAUUUUGCCUUAUUUUAAACAAAUUUACGCACUGACUUCAUUACUGAAUUAUCCGUACGUUUAUAAGGGUCUAACUAUCGGUCUGCUCAUGUCCAUUCGGCGCUCCCUGCCGACUAAACCUACUGCUUCUGAAAUUUGGACAGUCUGAGGUUAUUUGGCGCACACGAAGAUCGUUUGGUUUGAUCGACUGUAUCUGAAGCUUAUCAAUAACCUUAGUCCAAAGUACAUCCCCGUCGUUGGUUGCCUGAAUAAACGAAACCCCUACAUUAUGCCACCCAAUGUACCUUUAAAUGUACACCUCUGAGACCAGGAAGCGAACAUCAAAAUGCAUCCUACCUUGACUGCCUCGGAGUGAUCUUGCGGUCCCCGUAGUCUGCGUAAUUUUCAAAAUUUUUCCUACAACACGGACAUACGGUAAUUGUAGGAUAACCUGUUAAGUGGUCUGUUUUCUCCCAUCGGCUAUGUAGAUCCAAAAUCUUUUUUCCCACGGCAAGAAUUUGUGAGUUGGAAAGUAUGGCGCCGCUUUUAUUUUCUGUGUGAAAUUGCAAGUUUAUUUUAUCUCUCCGGGAGUUAUCUUUCAUUGGAGCAUAAAUUCAACCUUCGCAAACAUCCAAUUUUUGUCCCUUAAGAAAAUUUUAAACUGUUAGAAUAAAAUAUGUUCGUGUUUGGUUAGCAGAACGAGAGGUGGCUUUGCGUGCAUUGGAAGAGGGAUGAAUUUUAAAGGGGGGAUGGAGCCAUAGUGAUAUGCUUAGCCCCCUAAAAUAAAAAUCUUCCACUGCUGAUGGUGGGAAACACGAGGGAGCAACCGCCUACCAAGCGCGUUAACGAACAAGGCAACCGGGACAAACAUAGAACGACAAGGAUGGGGGAGAUCGAGACGGCAGCCUUUUUCGGAUGCAUCAGCGUCUUCUUCAAUCAGUAAAGAACUGACAAUGGACACAAAUGUCAGAGCACCUGCCGAAAUGAUAAGGCCAGGUCGAAGAGCUAACAGCACUGGACGGAAGCUUCGGUAAUACUUCCCACUCAGCCGAUGUCAGGGUCUCCACGUACUGGGCGUAGAAACCUGGCCCGUACUUACUAGAGUAAAUACUUUCAAUUAUUCCAGGGCCUGGGGUUUCGACGAAAGAGGCGUCUGUGAAUCUGCACGUUGCAAUCUUACAAAUAACGUGUCCGGCCAGAUACAAGAUUCUACUGGUUUUACACCAAACACAAUGCUCGCUAACUCAUUUUAAGUGAGAAGACCUGCCGACAGUAUGCCACGCCUUCAAGAAGUAAAAGUAGUCUAGGAAUGUAUUUUCAGGUUCCACCGUAAGUCUCCCUAGCAUAUGUCAAGCUCCAUUAGGCACAGUCAUUCUGGACGCAGGAAACUUCUCAUACCGUCGACCUGUAUUAAACUUUUUAUGGAGACAGAGCACAUCGCCUGCUUGUGCAGAUUUCCUGUCAAAAUGCUUUUCCAAACAGAUGCCUUCUGCAGUUAGUAAGCUAUGCUGCUUCAGGUUUGAGGGAAAUCCUGCGAAGCCUCACAUUUUACGCAAGCAUCAGCUAUGCCAUGAUCAGCAAACCAUGGCCCUUGCAGCCUGGUGUGCGCUGGAAGUUCUCUGGUACCCGGCUCCCUCCUGGUAGAUGCGCAUGCGCUCGCGCUGGAUAUACAGAUCGCGAGCAUGGCUGUCCAGUCAUCCUCAUCGUCUUCCUGGCCAAUUGUUGUGUUGUUGUUAUUGUUGUUGUUGGCUAAAAUCCUAAUCAAGUAUUUGUUGUGGACCAGGUGGUACGCCUAGGCACGGGUCUGGCCGAUCCAACCACAUGUGUCCUCUCCCAAUUCCGAGCUCCUUGAGUGUAUUCACACUGGAACCAGGUGGGGGAGGAGGAGAGGGUGCUGGAGACGCUGCGCAAGUCUACUCCUACUGUAACUUAAUUCACGUGCAUCAUUGUGCUUGCUCCACCUUGCUGUGCAGCACACAGUGGACAUCAGCGGGUACGACGGUCAAAGCGUCGUGUGGGUGUGUGUGUGGGCCCCAAGCGGGCUACGUGGUCCAUGCGAUGGACCAACACUCGGGCCAUAUAGGAUCCUGGAAGGUGUUAUCGGAAUGCGCACCACAACAAAUACCAACAUCUCGAUGAGCGGUGGCAGAACCAAUUGCGCGCAGACGUCGCGCACAUUGGGACCCCUGCGUCCCCCCAUUGUUGUUGUGGGUUAAAUCACGGUCACUUGCAGUGUGAGCCAGGGGGUGUGGAGCGGAGCGCACAAAGUACCGGCUCCACCGUGCCAUCCGCUUGCGUCCUCCCCCGUCUCUGGUCGUCUUGAUUUUGUCAUGACACCGGGCCCAAGUGAGGGACGAGGAGAGAGUGCGGUCGAUGUUGCUCAGUUUUAUCAGCAUUUUCAAAGACAUCGCACGCAAGUCACUGUGUCUGCUGCACCUUGCCGGGGAGCACACGGUGAACAUCAUCGGACUGUCGCGUGUGUUGGGGGACGGGGGAUGACUGGCUCGAGGACUGGAAGCCAGGUCUAGUUUGAUUUCCGAGGAAUUUAAAUGCCUCCAUCUUAUCGUGGUCUUAAAGGUACUCUGAAGGGCGUGAGGCACGAGGCCCCGUUUAUGAGAAAAUCCGCACAUUGCCCGGAGGCACGGUUGUGUGUGGUACGUGUAGAAGGCCCGUUUAACUUUGUCAGCCACUAAGCCCUAGCGCACCUCCGAUCAGCAUGACGCUGUCUGGCCAUUGGAGUCUGAUGGAUGAGGGAAGAGAGAGUGAGGUUAACGACGUGCAAGUUCAUCUCACUAUGUCACGCGAAAGUCACCAGUGCUGUGCCCAGUACGUGGACGUAGCCGUUCAUUAAGUUCGGACUCCCACCAUCUCACUCACGCCCCAAAGCGGCAGAAAUUAGGAAUCUAAAAGGUAACGUGUCUGAUCAAUUCACACAAUAGGACGAAAAAUGGGAAUUCUUCGUUUCCCUUUGAGAUAGGAAUCAACGGCUUCCACAUGCAACCAUAUGGCGACCGGGGGUCAAUAGUGGAGAGAUGCCCUUCACACCAACAAAAACUGUCUGAUAGUUAUUUUUGCUCUGUUAGACUUCAUUAGCCUAGCCUAGGACUGAGCCCGACUUACAGGCUGGAGCUUCAUCUAUCACACCUCCCCUCUCUGUCCAUCCAACUACCUCCAGUUGGUAGGUGGACUGGGCUAGGACGAAAGGAGGCAGAUCUUGGCACAGUAGCUGCCGAGGAUAAGUAACCCGCCUACGCGCAUCACGCAUGACCUGUUACUUACUCCACUUCUGCGAUGCUUUCUUCAGGGGUUUCUCGGAUCUCACACAUACACGCAGACAAUAAAAGCUGAUGAUGAUAGUUCGGCCGUCGGUUUCGACAAUGUCCACCGCCCCUGCUCCACAGCAAGGCGGAACAGGGACGGUGACCUGUGCGUGGGUUAGUUUAUAGUGAUAGUAUACUUGCACAGCGUCUGCCGCACUCUCUCCUCCCCACUCCCCACCUGGGCGCGGUAGGGAGACAGAGUCAAGAAGACCGGAGGUGGAGGUAGGUCGCAGGUGGUUGGCACGGCCGGAGCCGCACCUUGGCGUGCCACCACACCCCCUGGUCCACACAGCAAAUGGCUAGGAUUUUUCCCCAACAACAACGAAAACACCCGAGCAUGGGCGAGACAAUAACGACCAAUGGGCAGACGACACUCGCAGGAUGGGUGUGGGUCGACGUGAAAACAGAGAAACGUCUGGGGAUAGGUGACCGAAUCUACUUUUUGAAGUGUCGGAUCUAUUAGCCAGUGCGUGAGAACUGUAGUUUUCACUGCGUAGGACCACUUGACUUCUGAAAACCGCUUUCAGUGCCUGGAUUGACGCUACCCUAACCAAACUUCCGGAAGGCAUGAGCAAUUUUCUAGCGUAGAUGCACCCCAGUUCCACCGUAGUACUCCUCCAUGUCUGCCUUGUCGCCUCGACAAUCCCUAGACGCAGCAACCAGAAAAUAUUGCGGAGGUCUCGGAACAAUAUAAGUCGAAAAACUUCUCCCAGGUGCAAGCCAUAGGAAGACUACUGGUAAAUGCGCAAUUCCCUUCUUGCCGCCUUCUGGCUCAAUGCUCUUUCGGCAAACUGGCGGGAUAAAGAUGUCUGUGAUUUUAUCGCGGGACAGGAGAAACGGGCACCUAGGGCUGUCUAAAGUUAAAACUGCAUUAAAAGGUAACUGCAGCAUCGGCCGUCCACCAUCCUGCCCCCAACCUCAAUGGCCGUUGGCGUUAUCGUCAGCACAUCAAGUCACUGCUACCAGGUCCAACAUGAAUGACAAACGUUCGUAGUCCGUGUGGCCAUAAUGCUAUCACUUUUUGUACGCCUUCCAUAUGCUUGCCGGCUGGCUUAUCCUGCCUGCGCUUUUCACGCAGUACUCUUCCAGGGGCCAUGCUGCGAAACAUUCCCACUAACUGGACGAGAGACCAUUUCAGGCUAGCAUCGUACCAAGUACGAAAAUCUGCGAUUGAUAAGGCAGCUACUAAUUUUAGUAAGUGUGCGGUAGCGUAGCAGCCCUGUGCGUGCGCCACCUCUAUAUGCUCAUGUCUUCUAAAACACCCAGGAAUAAUCACCCGUAUUACGGGUGAUCUUACGCCUAAUUCCAGAUGGGUCAGGAAUGGCCAUUUCGGGCUUACUAUCCGUCAUCAGCCAGUCAUACCCGGCCCUGAAUUGUGGAAUACCUGAGGCCUGAUCCCGCGAUCUGUUGGUCAGAAUCUCAACCCCCCUAACCACUGAGCCAAGGGCUCGUUGUGCAGGCGUUCCACACCUCGAGGUUGGGCAUGACUGGCUGAUGACGGCUAAUGAGCCAGACAUGGCCAUUCCAGUCUCCCUUGUCUUUGUCGACAAUGUUACUCUGCCGGUGUGCUAAAUUUCAGGAAGGCUAACGAUUUUCCACUCCUAAUUCCAACCCUGAUCCCCUGGAAUUUAGCGCAAGACCAGCUGUGUCACGCGCGUUCUUAGUGGCGUGUUUUGCCAGGCUACGGUUGUGAGUAGGGUUAGGUUUAAAAUACGGACACAGGAAUAUGUUGCCCUCGGGAUUUAACGCAAGAUUAGUCGUAAUAUAGGGAGAAUACUUAUUCCCGUGUCUAAUAAUAGUUCCAAUUGCGACUUUUUUCCUGGGAAAUUAGUUGCUGACUUGAGAUAGAUCAGUCUAUUUGAGAUUUAUAAGCUCAGACUGAAAUUUUGUUAUGAGUAUUUGAGCCGAAGCCCAUCAGACACAGCGGAAUAAACACGCACUGUUCAUAAACUGUCAACAGGCAGCCAGUACUGUGUGCAUAAGUAGGACGAUAUGUCAUUCUUAAAGCACAGGCACUAGCUAGAAGCCCAGAUACGUGUUUCGCCGACAUUCUGCCACAACUUCGAGGGGCUUGGCUCAUCACUGGGUACGCCCGUUUUUAUAUUGGGGCUCCUUGUGCCAAAUUCCAGUCUAAGCCUAAAAGUACCAAAUAAGCAGACCGAAUAAACCGAUUAACUUCUAAGGUAAUUAAAAGUCUGUGACUGCAAAACUGGAAAAUCCACCAGAAAACACAUGGGAACGCUAGGAGACCCACUGCAGUGACAGAAUAUCGACGAAACGCGGGUCUGGGCUUUUAGCUAGUACCUAUAUUGUCAGAUAUGGCAUAUUCUGCUAUCUACGCAUAGCUCUGCUACUGGAUUCUCGAGAAGGGAUCUGAGAACAGUUCUCCUUCCAGUGUUGGGGUCUGCUUUUUUACAAGUCGCUUCCCGAAACCAACCUUGACGCUUGUUGGUAAGAUGGCCUGGGAAAAAAUGAGGACCAGUAGAGAUCACUGGGGAAAUGCAGUUGUUGGCGGAGGAUGUGCGGUUCGAAGAAUGUUCAAAUAAGUCAGGUUUGGACAUUGACCGAAAUGGCAUAUCUGAUAGGCGUGUGGGUUGGCUCAACUUAAAGUUCUCUAAGGAAGGAAACCGACCGACUUCAUAGGACCCCACAGGGCUUUACAGAAAAACUAAUGCGGGCACAUUGUCGCAGAGAGGUAAUUCAGUCGCACUGUCCAUAGAAGAUGCCAUCUUGACUCAACGUACGUUAAAAGGCUUUAGCUUGCGAUACAAAUAUUUACGACUGUGCAGAGUAGCAAUUCGUUUUGUGUGGAAAAUUCUUGCCUCCACGAAUUUGUGAAUUUAAGCCGUCUAGCGCAUUAUGUUGUGUAAACUAACGCACCUAUGUGCUUUGUCUUCUCCCAAAAGUUAUCCUUAAUCCCAGAAUUCGAAAAAGUUGGGAAUGGCAGCACCCGGGUGGGAUGUAUCAGUCAUGGAGAUAAUAUUUAAGGUCCAUUUCCUGCAUGCAAAAAUGCAUCCAGCAACAUUUGCAUGAUUGAAGCCAACCAUGUCCGUUAAAAGGAAGUCGAACGGUCCAGAAUGCAAUUUUUACCUUUAAAAGUGAUGAAGGGGUAAUCGUUCGUCGCAGGGGGUGGAAGCAGCAGAAGCUUCUAAAACAAAACUACAACCUUAUAUGCCCUUCGUCUACUAGUAGCCGGAAAUCUUCCCAGUCGGUUUUCGCCAAUAAUAGUAUUAGAUGUUUAAAGUCAAUGAAGGAUCCUUACUGAUAGGUUAUUGACCCAGCGAACAGUUUUAACUUGAGAAACUACUAGCAAUGGAAAAAAAUCUAUCUAGACCAGGUCGUAUUUGAAAUUUUUAUGAGAUUGGCGUGCACUGAUCUAGCAUGCCUGGUUAGACCGAGUUAAGAGCUUCAUGCGUGCCGAACUGAGGAGUGCUGUACGGCUGACCAAAGCUGACAAAUAAGACGGAAGUAUCCACUCGAAGUUUCCCUAUUUUUCGCGAUAAUUUUUAUCUAUUGGCUGUAUUUUGUUACUUUUUGAACUCUCAGAGGGCUAUUGGUUUUUUCAUUUUUUUUUAAUUUUGGGAACAAUUAUUCCCACUAGUGAUCACGGAGCCUCGGCCGAUGCAUUGACUUUGAUAACUCAACUGCGCAAUUCGCCGUCGAAUUUACAAUACCUGAUCGAAUUCCUGAAAAUGUUCUAAUAAAUUGCAAGCCGACAUAACUACAUCGACUAGUCGUUCAAGUAAUAUCGAGUGGGAAAAGUAGAACACAACAAAUAUGAAAGUAAUAUACCACUGGCCAGAUGUAGCAAACUUCCUUCUAAAAAGCAUAAAAGUCAAAAACACAAAAAUGUGAUUGAGUACGGCAAGGAAUAUUUUAUUUGGAUCUUCGGUAAUGACAGCACAGUAACAGAGGCUUUUUCAUGAUCGCACUUCGAGAGACCGGUAAGAAACUAAUGAACUCGGGUAUAAAUAAGACGAGAAACCAUUAGGAUUUCGUAGUUUAUACUAUAGGGCUUCUACUUGGUAGAAUUAUUUUCUGCUUUUUGGUUGUAAUUGAUUCCGUUGAGUUUCAAAAUGUCUCUAAAUUAUCUGUGUGCACUUUGCGACGUCCGAUGUACUCGGUCGAAUAUCCGAACUGCUAUUUUUGUAGUUUAUGGCAAAUAAAACUUUUAACAUGAAACAGGUUUUGAAAGGUUUAUCACCAUGGUGAGUUCUUGGAAGUUUUAUGUUCUGUAGAUGUCGGUUUGGGCAAUGCCUAAGGCUCAUCUAAGCAUGAAUCGUGAUCGCUGAGUAAAAUCGACGAAGGCCGGCCAGGAAUAUACUGUUGAUCGGCGGGAAGCCUUUCGAUAAUAAGUUCUCUUUCCAUAAGUGUUUCGCCAGGGGAUUUCGCAGAGGAAUUUCCAUCAUUUUGAUAAAUUAAGGUCAGGGAGAAAAUUAAAUAAUUUUGUCCAUUCAUGAGCUUACCUGUCGGAUACCGACCACCGUUACUCCUAAAUACUAGAGUAGCUCAUUUUUUUCUGGAAUCUUUUCUCAUAUUCCAUCUUAAGUUUCAGGUCUAUUGUCUGAAUUCGACUGCGACAUGGAAUCGGUCGAUAAUUGUUAAACUACUAAUAAGAUGAUUAUGCCUUAUGCGUUACGUUUCUAAAGCGUCUAUUGGUUGAAAGUAAACUGUUCAAUUAACCUCUUACAAUUAAUUCAAAGUUUAAGCAGUCAUUUGUUAACAGGUAUUUCUGCCCUUACUUCCAGAAUGCCUUGCAGGUAUAAACAGUGCCGGUAUGAUGAAGGAAAUUAUUGUCAAAUGAGGUUGCUUAUGCGUUUUAUGUCAUAAAAAUGCACAUAGUAACAAGACCACCAUUCCCAGAGAAGGAAUGAAAAUGAAGCAACCAUUUACCCCACUUAAUCUUUGAAUUGAGCAGAUUUAGAUCUCAUGUUCUUGGUAAAAGUUUUUCGCCUGGAUGACUGUCGUUAACAUGUGCUUUACAUUAGCGAUUAAAUAGGAGUUUUCCGGACAUGAAGAAGGGCUGAACUCUGCCAAAAAGGCGCAUCAUUUCGGCAAUAAAAUGGUCUAAAAACAUCAUUUGUGCGGGAAACAGCUUCUUUACGUAUCGCAUCAAGCUAAUAAGCAAAGUGUACAACUUAAAAGGCAUUUCUGAUUUCAGUCACCUAAUCUGCUUGCUUGCAUUCUUCUGUGCCUUGUUUUUAAACAAUCUCCUGGACGUAGUACUGUCUUUUAUGGAGUCCACUUUCUGUUUUCAGGCAGUGCAUCCCUGACGAAAUACCACUACGGGGUGAAUUGUGAUGUAGACAGCAGGUUGUCCGAACAAACUCCCAAGGACACGAGAAGCAAACUCUCCAGCAAGAGCCACACACCGACGCGAACCCUGUCUGCGAGUGCCGUCAAAUUCGAGGCGGUAGGUCUCCCACUUAGGCCUGGUGCUCACAUGCAGGAUGGCUCAGCUGGACCCUGGGACAGGGGUUCCAGCCAUGCGUCCCUACCAGAUCCAUCGGUUCAGUUUCACCCACUCUAGGCGUCGUGGGUGAAUGCUGAUUAGAUUGUCUGCUCGCAGAUGUUCGACGAUAUGGUUGCUGGAUGCUGGGUGAGAGCCCUAGUAACGGAUGCGGAUGAUAGCAUCCUCUCUGGUGCAACCUCCACAGUAUUCCAAAAAAGACUGAAGACAGUGAGGAAACAGAGAACUUUCUCGACUGUGGGACAUUGUUGGUUGGGAGUCCUGAGGUUUACUGAAGGCAGACCCAGGCCUGAUGCCGCUGUCGUUUCAGUUGUUCUAAUAACCGUUCAGUAAGGUGAAGGGACAGAGACCCUCCUCGGCAAUGCGGGUGGUUUUGCACUAAAAUCCAAAAAGGGCUCCUACAGCCGCGUCCUGACCUAAGCCCUAACCGGUCGAAUAUCAUUUCGUAGCCGCAUCUGCAGCAGACAAACCCCAGCGGCGGCGGGGACGGUGGUAAUAGGGGUUUAACACUAACCCCUAAUCCUAACCCUACCCCUAGCAUUAACCCCUAGCCCCAAUCCCUAAUCCUAACCCCUGGACCUAACCCCUAGCCGGAACCCUAAACCUAGCCCCUAACACUAACCCCCAACCCUAACCCCCAACCCUAACCCCUAAUAAUAACCCAUAGCCCUGACCCCUAACCCAUCCCCUACCCCUAACACUGACCCCUGACCCUACACGCGUCCUGAUCAUAACCCUAGUCUGUCGAAUGUUAUAUAGUAGUCGCACCUGCAGCAGAUAAACCCCAGUCGCCUGUCAUACGGGACGGUGGUAAUGACAGUUCGACCAUCGAUUUCGAUGAUGUCCACCAUGUGCCCCACAGACUGCAUUGUGGAAGCAGGGAAGGUGACCUACGCAGGGGUUAUUGUGCCAAUAGACUUGCGUAGCAUCUACCUACACUCUCUCCUCCUCCCCCGCCUGAGCCCGGUGUCAAGACCAAGUCAAGAAGACCGGAGACGAGGGAGGCCGCAGGUGGAUGGCUCGGACGGAUCCUCGCCUUGGCGCUCCACUCCGCACCCCCUGGUCCACACACAAAUGACCAGGAUUUUGACCACAAAACAAUGGGGUGAUGGCAGUGGUCCAGUUGUGCGACGAAUGCCGACAACGGGGUCUGCCAGCGCACACCGCAAAUGUUGGCAUUUGUUAUUGCGCUCAGAUAACGCCUACCAGAGUCCGAUGUGGACCCCGUGUUGGUCCAGCGCAUCUAACACGUGGCCCGUUUUGAGGGCACGGACGGUGGUAAUAGGGGUUUAACACUAAACCCUAACCCUAACCCCUGAACCUAACCCCUAGCUCCAACCCCUAAACCUAACCCCCAACUCUUACCCCUAAUGCUAACCCAUAGCCCUAACCCCUAACCUCUAGCCUUAAUCCAAAGUCCCUAACAUGAACCCCUAGGCCUAACCCCUAACACUGACCCCUAACCCUAACAGGUGCGGCUACGAAACUAGAUCUCACCCCCUAGCCCUGAUCUUCCCGGAAUUCAAGGCAAUGCCACCUGUAUUACGGGGUAAGGGGCGGGUAUCCACUCCUGAUUGUUCAUCCGUCCCUUGCCACCCGUACGUGGCCGUCUCACCCCGAUUUUGAAAUCUUCCUCUUCGAGAAUAGCUCCGAAUGCCACGCAACAGAACUGCAAGUACUUUUAAUGGUAUCAAUCUAUUAAUUGUGCAAAUUAUUAAAGGAGGAACAUGGGGUUAUGCGUCCGGAACAUGAACUUUUAGGGUCAGUUCCAGAAUUUUGGUAAAAAUUUGAGUCGAAAACGAUCAACUUCUGUUGACCGUAAAAGGUCAUAUGACGGAUGCUCAACUUCAUGUCCUUCCUUUAAUAAUUAACUAGCUAUUCAUCCGGAGUUCAUAUAACAGGACCUGCAUAAAGAACGCUUGGGGACUCAUUGAGGAGCCGAACCACUCGGAGUUGCGCCAUGCAGCUGCGAACACAUCGGCGGAAUGCAUGCCUAAGCUUUCAGCCGGUGUGUAUUUCAGUAGUAAUAUAUAAGCAUCUAUCAUUUAAAAUUAUGGAUUGUUUGUUCAUUGGCGAAUGUUGAUUAGGCUGUCUGUUCGUACAGUACACAUGCUAUUUCAUGAACUGUUUACCGAAAUUCUGAAAAGUGUAUUUACUUUGAAAAGAUUACCAAAGUAGAGUUGCCUUGUUAAUUUUCGUGUCGCAAAAUUUCAAAAUACUCUGGUCACGUAAUGAUACUGACUUUCGAACGAGCUCCCUGGCGACCGGUUGCGUAAAGGACAUUCCACAGAAGGUGGCUACUUAACUAGUAUGAAUUCUUGUCAUUGAUUUUUUAUGUCCUUAAUAUAUAUUAUAGGAACACCCAGAGAGAUAUCGUUUUUCACUCAUUUGGUAGCAAAUUACGUUUUGUCUCAUACUUUCUGCUUCAUGAUAGAGUAUCUUUUGGUUUAAAAGACUUUCCCAAUUCCGAAAUAAUUUCAAACCCGACCUGGCGUUGCACUUGUAUUCUAAAUUUCCAAACUAUAAACUGUAUGUUUUCCGUGUAAGGAAAAUUACGGAUUUAUAUAUACUAUUAAUAGGUAGAAUGUAGGUCUUCUAAUUAUUGUAAUGGAUGUAGACCAUGUUGUCUACUUUAUGAACAGCAUUUAUAAGUAUGAUGAUGAUGUGAUGUUGUCUGAUUGGACAUUUGACGGUCGUGAAAAGGCUCAUAAUUAGAAAAGUUUUUAAAACCAAAAAUACCCUUUUUAGACAUAAAUGUGCAAUCCGACAAGUAAAAGAAAGACUAUUUUGUGCAUAUUUUCUAAAAAACUUCAUAUACGUUUACGUUGGCGCCGGAAAUCUGUGUUAAAAAUUCAUGCCACUUAAGUGCUCAUCUUUCGCGAAAUCUAGUUUACACAGGUGGUCCACAAGAAGCCCGUUUGAAAGCCAGGGUCUUGACGUGACUGGCAUGUCUUGGCAUUAUGCGACAUGCUAAUUAAUAUGACUACCCAACUUAAGCAAUCCUUAGGAAUUGAAAACACAUUUCAGAAUUUCGGAUGACAUUUCAUGAGAUAGUGCAUACACUGCGGUUAGGCCACCAUGUUGUGUUUUAAUUCUGCUACCUGCUAAGCGGUCAUCCCUAGCACCCAAGGACGAUACUGGUUUGUCCCCGCUGCUGCGUCUGCAAUAUGUCCAGAAAUCGUGAAGGCAGUGAUUUAACAGCGAACUUUCGGUACCGUUUACUCCCUUGAUUUUAUCUAAUUUCUGGGGUUGUGGUGGCUGAGCGUUUUGUCGAUUGAUGAAAGCAGGGCUAGGCCUGAUGCCGUUGUCGUCUGAAUCGUCUUGUUCAGCGUUCUGCCCACUCCUGACACCUUUCUCUCUCACUGUUCAUCUUAUCCCGACUGUAAGUCCCUUUUCAUCACAAAUAGCUCAAAAUGCCAUGCGACAGAGCGUGCAACUGCCUCUAGUAGUAUUCGCGUGGAACUGUUUUUUUUCAAAUUUCAAUGAAGAAGCCACUCUUUCGCAAUUCUAAUGCCCUUUUAGUAAUCCUCAUAACGACUUCCGUCUGUUUCCUGCGCUUUUAGAACAAAGACGAGAGCACUCCGUGCUUAAGCGCAAACGAGGAUAAUAUUAGCAGUAAGUCGGUUCUUAACUGUCCAAAAUGUUAAUGUAAUUUUAUGCAUUUAUUUCGACUCCAGAUGUAACUAGUGGGCUCUUCUAACCACUUCCAUUCGUUGAUUCAAAAACACACUUUUUCGUUGUAUUAUGACACAAACUCGUUCCGUGGCGCCUUAGGGCUCAGUCUAGCAGUCGGUCACAUAAUGACUAGUAAAGUGUGGAGGAAAGUGUACCGACCACGACAAGAGGAACUGGGUUUUCUGUUUCUGGCUUAUUAGCCGUCACCAGUCAGCCUCCUAACCCGAGGUUCGAUUAACCUGGGAUUCGAACACGGGGCCUCCGACCGUUGAGUGUUUAGGAAUGGUACUCUACCGCUCGGCCGCGAACCCGUUGUCCUGUCGGUCGCGAACGGAAAUAGUGACUAUCGUGAGAAGGCUGUUCACCGAUCGGUCUUCCCAGUCUCUCUUGUUCGUGCCGGCAUUUCCCCGGAAUAUAUUCCUUUAUUACCUUUAGCAGCUUCAUGCAGUCUGAUGAAAGGCUGGGGGUGGGGUAUACUUCGGCUAAAAGGAAUUAGGAGGUUUUUUUCUAUUUCAGACACAGUCAUGCAUUCUGCUUGUCAUCCAGCCUCAGUUUUACUCGAGCGUCUUUGACCCUCUUUUAGAACCGAUUUCACACUCACUGUUUCCCCGGCUGCUUCAGAGCAGUGGGAUCAAAUCGACGCAGUCGGGAGUAGUGUCCUCUAGUCAGUACUUUGGCGCACCACUCUACACCUCCCUUAAGUCCGAAAAGGGUGGUAUUUUGUUAAAGAAUAUGAACCUCAAUCGCAGCCUCUCGCCUCACACCCUCGUCAUGCUACCCGAUGAGAACGACUUGAAGGAGAGUCAGGACUACUUAAUUCCCACGGCCUUUGUCCUCUCAGAAAUGGACGGCUACACCCAUCUCAAGGACUCGCCGACCUUGCUUCCUCCCCCUCCGCUGGAACGCGCCGCAGAUUCGGGUGUCUCCCCCGUCCUCAGGAGCAGUGAGAUCUGA